GGCUGGCCGGCCCCCAGCGGCCCCCGUGCGGGCUCCCUCCGGCCUCUCUGGGGCGGGCCCUGCCACUCGGGAUUCCGGCAUUUCUGGUUCGCAGCUGUGUGUCCCUCCCUGGGAGGAGGAUUUCGCCCAAGGACAUGGGGAGGGCGGAGAGCCUUCCUCCUCCCUUCGCUCCGAAUGCAGAAAAGGAGGGGGUUUCCAUCCCCCGGCAAGCCAGCCACGGGAGCUCUGCCCUCACACGGACACAGCCCCCGGUCCCCAUCUCCGACGUGAGCCCUUUGAGCCAAGCGGCAGCAAGCUCGGGAGCUCUGUGACAGGUGUGCCUGACAUGGCUGAGCAGCUGUCUAAAGAGCAGGUGGAUGAAUUCAGGGCGGCCUUCGCCCAGUUUGACCGGAACGGGGACGGAAAGAUCAACACGGAGGAGCUGGGCGCCGUGAUGGAGGCCCUGGGCGAGAAGCUGUCGGAAGACGAGCUGAAGGCCAUCAUCGCCAGGGUGGACACCGACGGCGACGGCGUCAUCAGCUUCCCAGAGUUCCUGGCAGAGAUGGCCAAGAGGACGAAGGACUGGGGCAGCGAGGCGGAGAUGCGGGAGGUCUUCCGGGCCUUCGACCUGGAUGGCGACGGCCGCAUCAGCGUGGAUGAGCUCGAGCAGGCCAUGGCCAAGAUGGGCGAGAGCGCCUCCCGGGAGGAGCUGGACGCCAUGAUCCAGGGGGCCGACGCGGACCAGGACGGGCAGGUGAACUUCGAGGAGUUCAGGCGCAUCCUCUCUCAGAAGUGAGGCCCGGCCUGGGCCCGUCUCCGGCCCUCACGCCUUCGGGGCCCCUGCUUCUGUGGCGGAGAUGUAAGGGGGACGCCUGGGUGGUGGGUGGGAAGGUAGCUACCGGCGGGAGAGCCUGGCCUCCCUCGGGCCCGGGGGCUGCGCUCUCUGCCCGGGGGGCUCGGGCAGCUCCUGUAAGAGCCGGGGCGGCCGCCUUCCUCACUGGGCUGUGGUGAGCAAACCCAAGCAGUGUGACGGCUCACAUAAAAGC